AUGUCUGAAGUUGCUGAUUUUGGUUUGAUUGGUUUGGCCGUGAUGGGUCAGAACCUGAUCCUGAACGUUGCAGACCACGGUUUCACCGUGGUGGCUUACAACAGAACCACUUCAAAAGUGGACCACUUCUUGGAGCACGAAGCAAAGGGGAAGUCGAUUGUCGGUGCGCACUCGUUGCAGGAAUUUGUGUCGAAGUUGAAGAAACCAAGAAAAAUUAUGCUGCUGGUCAAGGCAGGCGCUGCGGUGGACUACUUGAUCAACGACUUGGUGCCACUGUUGGAUCAAGGCGAUAUCAUCAUCGACGGCGGGAACUCGCAUUUCCCAGACUCUAACAGACGGUUCGAGGAAUUGAGCAAGAAGGGCAUUCUGUUUGUCGGGUCUGGUGUGUCUGGUGGCGAGGACGGCGCGCGUUUCGGGCCAUCUUUGAUGCCCGGCGGUGCCGAGGAGGCUUGGCCACACAUCAAGCCGAUUUUCCAGGCGAUCGCGGCCAAGUCCGAGGGCGAGCCCUGCUGUGACUGGGUCGGACCGGCCGGUGCGGGCCACUACGUCAAGAUGGUGCACAACGGUAUCGAGUACGGUGACAUGCAGUUGAUCUGCGAGGUGUACGACAUCUUGAAGCGUGUCGGUGGGUUCGCGGACAGCGAAAUCAGCGAGGUGUUCGGCAAGUGGAACACCGGCGUGUUGGACUCGUUCUUGAUCGAGAUCACCAGAGACAUCUUGAAGAAGAACGAUACCGACGGCGUGCCAAUCGUCGAAAAGAUCCUGGAUACCGCGGGCCAAAAGGGUACCGGUAAGUGGACCGCUAUCAACGCUCUGGACUUGGGACAGCCGGUCACGUUGAUCGGGGAAGCCGUCUUCAGCCGUUGUUUGUCCGCUUUGAAGGCUGAGAGAACCAGAGCUUCGAAGAUCCUGCCUGGUCCAGAGAUUCCAAAGGGCGCCAUCACCGACAAGAAGCAGUUCGUCGACGACUUGGAGCAAGCGCUUUACGCCGCCAAGAUCAUCUCCUACGCCCAGGGCUUCAUGUUGAUCCGUGAAGCCGGUAAGACUUACGGCUGGAAGUUGAACAACCCAGCUAUCGCUCUAAUGUGGAGAGGUGGUUGUAUCAUCAGAUCUGCGUUCUUGGGUGAAAUCACCAAGGCUUACAGGGAGAACCCAGAGUUGGAAAACUUGUUGUUCCACAAGUUCUUUGCCGACGCCGUCACCAAGGCCCAAGCCGGUUGGAGAAAGACCGCAGCUCUAGCCACUCAAUACGGUAUUCCAGCCCCAGCUAUCUCCACCGCUUUGGCUUUCUACGAUGGUUACAGAUGCAAAAGACUGCCAGCUAACUUGUUGCAAGCUCAGAGAGAUUACUUUGGUGCCCACACCUUCAAGGUUUUGCCAGAAUUCGUUUCUGAAACUUACCCAGAAGGCAAGGACAUUCAUGUCAACUGGACUGGUCACGGUGGUAACAUCUCAGCUUCCACUUACGACGCUUAG